UCCUCCUCCUCCUCUCACUCUUCUUCCUCCUCCUGCUCUCACUCUUCUUGCUACUGCUCCUCCUCUUCCUCGGGGGAAAAAAAAUCGGCCAAACUCCAUUCUUCCUCUUCCUCCUCUUCUUCUUCCUCUUCGUUUUCCAUCUCCAUCUCCUCUUCUUCCCCUGUUGAUGAGCAGGUUCUUGGUGUUCUCAAUUACAGGUUGAUGGCAGGUUCUUGGUGUUCUCUGUUACAGGUUGAUGGUUGA